UUGAUCAUUAGUGUUCAAGUGUAAAUUUUUUGUUUUUCAUUUUUCAGUUGAUCUUUUAUAAUUAUAACCUCAACAGCAGCAUUUUUCAAUUCACCAAUCAUAGACUGUAACAAGAUAUUCUUGGAAUCACCUUGAUAUUAUUUUGUACAAAUUUUAUUUGAAACGGAAACUAUCUCAACAAUGGAAAUCGAUCAAUCAAUGGAAAUUCGUUAAAAGAUCAUCAAUAAUUAUAAUAAUUAUCACUCUUUAGUGAUCUUUGCAACUAAAGUGACACUUUCUUUUUCUAAACUAGUGAGAUAAUAAUUCUAUCUGAAAAAAAUGUCAAGCAUCGUGAUUGUAAUCAGUUUUUCAUUAUUGAUUGUUGUUUCAUUCUGUGGUAAUACUCUAGUUUGUCGGACAUUAUUCCGACAACGGCGAUUUUGUGCCAAUUCAACAAACGUAUUGAUCGGAAUGUUAGCCAUAUCAGAUCUGAUGAUGACCAUAUUUAAUAUACCAUUCACUGUUGCCGAUAUUAUUCUCAAUGAUUGGAUAUUUGGUGAUUUUGUUUGUAUAUUAGUAUCAUUUGUGCAAGCAAAUUCUGUAUAUGUUUCAAGUUUUACAAUGGCUGUGAUUGCAAUUGAUCGCUGUAAAGCUAUCUAUAAAUUUCGGCCUCAACAAUCAUCGAAUGAUUCAACAAAUAAUAAUCAUAUCGCCAAUAAUGGUAGAAAUAUUAAUGAAAAUACUGGUACUUGCAAUGAUAAUAGAGAAACGUCAAAUAAUAGACCUAAUGGUGGUGGUAAUGGUUGCUGUUGUCUGAUGGAUUGUUUCAUUUUCAAUAUAUCAUGUCCUUUGAUCAAAUCAAAUAAUAAAUCUGUUCAUCUAUCAUCCUCGUCACAGCAACCACAAUCAGAAACGUCAAAAACACGUACAACAAGAUUUAAAUUAGAGCUUAGAACCAAAAUGAUUUUGAUCAUAUCGGCCAUUUGGAUAAUGGCUGCAUUACAUUCGUUGCCACACACUAUAUUCAAUCGUGUUACAGUGAUUGAAAUGAAUAAUAUCGUUGUUGAAUCUGGACUAACAAAUACGAACAACAAUAGAGCUAGUUUACAUGAAAACAAUCGAAAAAAUGAUUUUGAGCAAGGAAUUGGGACGACUGAAAUUGCCACCAUUGAGGCCUUUGAUGAUUCCAUUAGUAUGGAUUCUGAUAAGAAUAGUAACCAUAAAUAUCCUAAAUCUUCAUCAUCAACAACUGCAAUGAUAAUGGAAACGAAUCAAACACGAACAAUAAGACGAUGUAUACCGGUAACGCCUACCUGGUUUGGGGCCAAAUUUAGCCUUUGGUUGACAUUAUAUACGACAGCUACACAAUAUAUUAUACCAUUAUCUUGUGCAGCAAUUAUCUACACAAGAAUUGCCUUUACAAUAAAUUCCCAGGGUAAAGUCGGCCAGAUGACCGAAUCAAGAGCUGAAAAAAUUAAUAAACAUAAACGUCGCCGUUUAUUAAUGUUAGCAUUAAUUGUGGCUAUAUUUGCUAUUUGUUGGCUACCAUUCAAUGUUUAUUAUUUAUUAUUGGAUUUCGGCAUCACUAAAUCAUACAAUCAUACGGCAUUCUUGUUCUGUCUUUGGUUAGCAACAAGUUCUGUAUGUUAUAAUCCAUUCGUUUAUUGUUGGCUGAACAAAAGUUUUCGACAAGAAGCUAAAAAUGUAUGGAAUUGUUUAAGUCAAUUGUUUUCCUGUUUUUGUUGUAAAGGCGGACAGCAACAACAACAACAAUCUGAUCAGCAGUUACAAAAUAAUCAGAUUCAAUUUCAGCGACAAAGCCAAAAUGAUCAUAUAAAACGAAAACCACAAUCAUUAAAUUUGAAUGAAAAUCAAUGUCAACAUCAAACUUCAUCAUCCUAACGUGAAUGGAACACAUCAGAAUUGAAUUAUUUUAUGGAAAAAUAUGAUAAUAUUCUUUGUAUUUUCUCAUUAUUGUCACCGUUAUCACAUUCCGAAUCUUACAUCCAAAUUCCAAUGUUCCCGUUUCUU